AGGUUUAGCCGCAGAAGAGUCUUUCUCGUCUAUUUUCAGAUUUUCUCACCCAGUUCCCGGGAAAAGAACCAGUCCGAGAAGAUGGAUUUGGUUUCUCGGUCGAACCUUCGUUUCCCGGGAAUUUCAGCUCCGCUUAGUUCCCACACGACCAGUUCUGUCUCCGUCAAUAGUUCUAGUUCUCCGGCGAGGUUUGGCUAUCCCUUUCCAUUUCGUCGGCCUCCGAAGUUGUCCUUGGUGAUUAACGCGAAGAAGAAGAAGUCGAGCGAUGCACAACCCGUGUCGGCUCCGAGACCGAACAUAGUCGAGGAAUUACCGGAUGACGAAGAUGAAGACGAAGAGGACCAAGUUCUUCUUGAUGAUUUCGAAGAAGAGUUGCAAAUGGAUGAUGAUGAUGAUGAUGAAGACUUUUACGUGGAAGACGAGACCGAGCUCUAUAUGGGGGAUGGAGGUGGUGGAGGAGGUGUAAAGCUUGCUGGUACAUGGUGGGAUAAGGAAGCUUUUACAAUCGCUGAGUCAGUUUGCGAGUCCUUUGAUGGCGAUUUGGGCAUUUAUGCCUUCAAGUCUCUGUUGAAUUCCACCAUACAAGUCCGUAUUGAGCGGCUCACCAACAGGUCUGGUUCACCAACCAUGGAAGACAUUGAAGCAUUCUCGACAACAUACAGGGCACGCUUGGAUGAAGCUGAGCUUGCCAAGUCCAUUCCCGACAACAUCUCUCUAGAGGUCUCAUCGCCUGGUGUGGAGAGAGUGAUACGGAUCCCACAGGACCUGGACCGGUUCCAGGACAGGGCAAUGUACGUUAAGUACGUGACCGAGGAGGCCGAGACCGACGGUAUAUUCAGGCUCGUGUCGUAUGACGUGGACGCGGAAAUCUGCAUCUGGGGAAUUGCAGAUGUGAGAGUGAACCGAGAAAAAGCCGGUAAAGGAAGGCCCUUGAACAAGAAACAGAGGGAAUGGCGUCUCGAGACAUCCUUCGACUCCUUGCGAUUAGUCCGUUUGCAUUCUGAAUGUUGAUAAUUAAACAUGAUUAUAAUAUAAUUGUAAUAAAAAUAUUAGUUGCUAAUAACAUCCAAUGUGAGAUUACAAAAAUAUUAUCUUCUUUGUACA